UCAGCUUGGUAAAAUUUUAAGUAAAUCUUUGUGUCUGUGACCAACAUUUACAGAGCUUUGACUGAUGAUCUGAAAAAUUCAAAAGGAGUUAAAAGUUAACUAUUAAAAAGAAUAGAUGAUGGGUUCACAAAUAAAAUACAUAGCUUAAACUGUUACUGCCUUGUGUUAUUAUUUUGGAAUACAUGUAAAAUGCUUAAAAACAUUAUCCUGAAGUUCAUACUUGGCUUAAAUAAAUAGAAUAUUGAUUACAUUGUUAGUAUAAAAAUAUAAUAUAUUUUUCUUCCUCUUCUUUUUUUUUCUUUUUCUGUUAGUGUAAGUAAUGUUUAUUUAACCAAGAAAAAUCUGAGACAUGAAUUUGCAUUAAAAAUUUUAAACUUUGAGGACCUCAUCAUUUAAGAACACCACUAUACACCACUGAGAAAUAUAUGCAGUUUUCAUAACAGCUAAGCACAUUUUCCCCCAAAUUCUUCUGAAAAUGGUCACAAUUAAUAAAAAUAAGGAUAUCUGUCGCAAAUUAUAGUAGUGAGAAUUUGAGGAAAAAUGUGAUUGUUUGUCAUAAAGUUUAAUGGUCCUACCAUAGGCUUUUUCCCAAAUAUAAUCUAAGAAAUACAUUUCUUCUUAUCUUAUAUAUUGCAUUUUUCUUUAAACUUACUCAAAUCCCUGCAUCCUCUUUUCAACUUUACAUAUGUAAACAUUUGUAAUUUGGAGUAUCUGUGAUAUUUAAAAUAUUAAAAUAGACUUAUAAUGAAAUUAAAAAGAUGUGAACCAGCUGUGGAGCUUCAUUACAGGUCAGGUAAUUAGAUUCCAUCUGUUAUGUAACUGCCGCCUUCCUCUGAAUGACGGGAACUGCAUUAAGCAUACGUGCUUUAAAAAGGCAGCACGAAACUAGGAGGAAUUCAGCAGUAAUACGAUCGUUCCACUCUUCUUUGAUCACCUUCCAGUUAAUUUAGUGUAUUGAUACAGCAGAAAGAGGUAGGAUGACUUGUUCCUGGUUAUGUAUUUGGAAGGUGAGGAUGGGUGUUACCGUUUGAGGAAUUAAAAGUCCUCCCAGUCGUUCUCUCAUUCAGACUGAGUAGGAGAUCAUGGAGACUGAAUCUGCCGUUUUCUCAAGGGACUCUGAAUGGUUCGUUUUCAAUGGCUCCUCCACAAGUUCCUCCACCAUGCUCAACAGUAGCACGCACAGUCCCUUGCCCGAGGAAUCAUACUUUGUGUCGGGAAGACCACGUCGUUCAUUCGGGACUGUGGGGGUGGUCGUCAUCAUAAUUAUCACUAGCUGUGUCAGCUUGCUAACAGUACUGGGCAAUAUCCUGGUUCUGCUUUCAAUCAAAGUCAACCGCAAUCUCCGAACCAUCAACAACUACUUCCUUUUUAGUCUUGCUUGUUCGGACCUCAUCGUGGGUGUUUUCUCCAUGAAUCUUUACAUUGUGUAUGCCGUAAAGGGAUACUGGCCUUUGGGAACGCAGAUGUGCGAUUUGUGGUUGGUUGUGGAUUACGUUGUUAGUAAUGCCUCUGUGAUGAACCUCCUCCUGAUCUGCUUUGACCGGUACUUCUGCGUGACCCGGCCUCUGAGUUACCCGACCAAACGUACCGCAAAGUGGGCUGGGGUGAUGAUUGCCGCGGCUUGGUUACAAUCUCUGCUGCUCUGGGCUCCAGCCAUCCUGCUUUGGCAGGCUGGGAGGGACAGGAGCAAGGUCCAGGAGGGACAAUGUUACAUCCUGUUCCUUGCUAACCCUGCUGUAACCUUGGCUACCACCAUCCCGGCGUUCUACAUUCCUGUCAUAAUAAUGAUGGUACUGUACACGCGGAUAUCCCUGGCAAGUCAGAGACGGGUUCAGAAGUUGAAGCCUGAAUCUGCAAACCUGCUUGAACCGUCUAAGACAAGUGGAGAAAUGUCAACCACAAACCCUGACCUAGUGAUUAACAUUAAACCGGAUGAAGCUAGUUUUCAACAAGACUCCAAGCUCAUUAGAAUGAAACGCAUCCCUUCUAUAGAGUUCAGCAAAACAGAGUUCUCCUUGGAUUCAAGUCCUGAUGCCUCUGGGGAAGACCAAGGGCUGCAUGCGGAAACCUCGAGACCAAAGACCUUAACAGGGUGUGUGGAAACCAGUGGGAUAACACAACCUCACUGUUUUCAAAUCUGUGCUACUCUUCAGGUUCCAGUGCAAGCAUCCAAGGUCAUCUCCAGGAAUGCCAGACGGAAGGCUCGGAGAGAGCGGAAGGUGACAAAGACAGUCCUUGCUGUUCUUCUGGCCUUUAUCAUUACUUGGAUGCCUUAUAGCGUUAUGGUUCUCAUUGGUACCUUCUGCCGCUGGUGUGUCCCUGAAAUUCUGUGGAUGGUGGGUUACUUUAUGUGCUACGUCAACAGCACGGUUAAUCCAAUGUGCUACGCGCUCUGUAACGCCACCUUCAAGAGAACCUUCAAACGACUGUUGCUGUGCAAGUUCAGAAAUCUGACAUUAAAAUGAGUUGGACUUCAAAUUUUAGGUCUCCUAUUGAUGACUCUUGCUGAUUUACUCGAGCAGGGGUGACCAAACUCUGUCCUGGAGGGCUGGUGUCCUCCAGAGUUUAGCUCCAACUUGCCUCAACACACCUGACAGGAAGUUUCUAGUAUGCCUAGUAAGAGCUUGAUUAGCUGGUUCAGGUGUUUAAUUGGGGUUGGAGUUAAACUCUGCAGGGCACCGGCCUUCCAGGACCGAGUUUGAUCACCUCUGCUCUAGUAAAAUAGCCUUAGUGUCUAGGACUCUUGCUGAUAUUUCAUGCAUUAAGCCUGAAGUAUACUUUCUUUUUUGUAUGCAUGCACUAGCAUAUGCAUAUAGUCAAACGUGUAACCUUUCAAAGUAUACUUCAUUUGAUGUUGUGCAUGAAUGCAUGUGGUUGACACAUGCACACUAGAAAGCUUUAUCCAUGUCCAGUAUCUGCUCUAUUUUUUUUUUUUUACCCAUAAGUUAUGACUAAAAACAAAUAUUUUUGACCUCUUUUAAACCAAAGCUGGGCUAUCUCGUACCCUCGGUGUGAGCGCCUGUUAGUAGGUGCCUUCCAUUACAGAUAUGCACAAAACUUUUUACGAUGUUAAAAAAAACUGUUGCGAAAAGACCGUAUUUCCAUUAACCGAUGUUAUGCAACUAAAACAUAAUUUUUCUCCCCUCGAAUACGAGUACGACUUUAUGACGUAUCACAGUCAUUUAAAGGCUGGAAUACACUACAGGACUCUUAAAAUUUGAACAAUUUUAAAACACUAAACAUUAUACGAUUACCGACUUUGUAAUUAGUCGAAGAAAACUGGCCAUCAUGCACUAAAUUAAAGUAAUUGAAAAUGAACUUAGAUGCUGGAAUAGUGACGAAUGAUGUCACUUUAUGCAGUGUGUUUUUAAAAGUUAAACUCAGCCCAUAACGAACAAUAAUACAUCUAAAAUGUAAGAACACAAUCUACUCCACUUUCUUGCAGCCACUACAGUUUUAAAAUUUUUAUUUAUUUAUUUUAUUUCAUCUACAAGGUCAUGACAUAUCGAUCUGCUGUUGGCCACAUGGUUUCACGUGAUGCAAAUUUGCAGGUCAGAGGUCACCAAGCUUAAAAUGCGAAACUUUUUGCUCAAGUCUUCGUUUCCGGUCUGACGCAUUUGUAUGCGUAUGAAUAGAAGUCAAUGGAAUGAAAAGUUUCGCAAGCAGUUUAACGCCAACAAUUUAUGUAAACCAAUGUAGUAGUUUAGAAAAGACAUUGGAAGUAUUUGAAGUUUAUCAUGUUGCUUACAUUGUACGCGUUAAAUGUAUCGUAAAGUCAUUAAGUUGUUCGCAAAUGAAUAUACUGUAUGUAAAUAUGUAAAUCAACUUACAGAAUACUUUGAUUCAUAUUUUUGAGUGUGAUGAUUAACUAAAGCGAAAAGCAAAAAUAAACGUUUAUUUAAUAAUCAAGUCAUUGUAAUUGCAUUUGCUUUACAAAUUAUGAUGCAUUGUAAAGUUUUAUUUUAAGUUACAAUUUGUAAGACUAUUACUGUUUGCACAAUAAAUGGAUAGAAAACCAAACAUUGUCGUUCUAGUUUUACGAGUGAAAAUUUAACGCUAUUACAUCAUUAAAAUGGCAUGUGCCAAAUUUAGGACAAUCUAUUUGACAUCAAGUCUAAAGAACAUUCAUCAUAAAGAACAAUAAAUGUGUAAACUUCAUUUUUUUAAAAAAAGCACAAGGAAGUAUUAUUGAAAAUACACUUUCAUUUAUUCACAACCUGUAGAAGUAAUCAGUUAGUGAUGUAAAUUUGAUUGUACAUCCAUCAAAUCUAAAAACAUAAACAUUUAUAAACAUAGAUACUUUAUAUAGGCCGUUACUUCCAGGAGUGACGUUCGUUUAAGCGUUCAGCUUACAUGUUACAACGUAAAGAAAUCGUCUUGAUUCGGUUUGUUGUAAUUUACAAAUACUUUCGUUUAGGGGCGUAAUUAGGGUCUCACCAGUUUUUCUCUUUAGUAAAGACAAUUUGUUAGACAACAGAUUUGCUGCGGCCUAUUUUAUACAUGCAGAGUCAAUUACAAUUAAAAAUCCGCUACAGAGAUCAAAUUACAACAGCAUAGACACAUACAUUUACUAAUUACAAAACGAAGAAAGUGGAAAUAAAAACAAUAGGUAGGGCUACAGUUUUUUUUUUUUUUUUUUUUUUUUUUUU